UUGUACUCAUUUAAACUUUAGUGGGACUCCGCCGCGCGCCGUGGACACCAUGGACGCCGCGCGCGCUUUUCCGAGUUAAAACUCUGCCAGGUGGGAUGAAAGCGAAGCACGCGGGGAGGGGAGGAGCUAAUCCUUGAAGUUGAUUCGGGAGCAGAGCCGGCAGGUUCCGAACAUGGAGCGGCCGCUGUGCUGGCUGUGGGUCCUCGUGACGGCGCCGCUGGUGGGCUGCGUGGACAUGCACCUUCCGGAGAGCCUGCUGCCGGGGAGCCUUUUGGCAAACCUGUCGCUCGGGUCUGGGUGGACGUAUCAAGUGGACAGAACUUUAUCUCCGGAGUGGGUCCCGAGCUUUCUCCAGGUUGAGACGCAGCACGGGGGGGUCCGCCUGUCCCGGACAGUUCAGUGCGCGCGCGCGCCCCGGGACGCAGCGCCCGUGUAUUUCCGAGCAGGUUCCUCCGCGUCUGGAGACGUGGUUCUGACGCGCUUUGACCUGUUUUUCCACGGCCACAACUGCGCUAAGUACAAGAGGAAAAAACGGUUACCGGAGCCAGAUGUUGCCAUCACGCACCGUCUGAAAGCAGAAGAGGCUUCCUGCUCACCUGCAGGUCAAUUCUUCUUGAAUGUCACAGAACUCCUGCCAGCCGUCCUGCGGAGCACUGCGCUCCUGGACUCUGAAUGUGUUGGACAGGACCUGGUCGGGGUGUUCAGACAUGGGGAGUUGCUCCUAUUCAGUGACUUGUGUCUGGAGCUCAUUGGGAAGCCUCAGGUGAAUCUGCACUGCGUCCUGCACAGCUCUCCAGGCAGCCGGUUGACUGUGAGUGUGACUCUGACUCUGCCCCAACAUGGAGCUGUCCAAACGCCUCCCAGUACGUCUGGAGGAUUGGUCCCCAGGAGAAAGCGGCAGGUCAACAUGCCCCCACAGUUCCAGCUCCCCAACUAUCAGGUGUCUGUCCCUGAGAACGAGCCUCCUGGUACCAGAGUGAUCACCCUAAAAGCCACAGACCCAGAUGAUGGAGAGGCGGGGCGGCUGGUCUACAGCAUGGAAGCUUUCUUUGACAAAAGGUCGAUUGACUUUUUUGAGAUUGACCCGCAGACGGGGAGCAUAACGACCAUCCAAGCGCUUGACAGAGAAGUAAAAGACACCCACUAUUUUAAAGUUUCCGCGACUGAUAACGGCAGCCCUAAAAGAUCUGCUGCCUCUUUUCUCACCGUCACUGUGAGCGACACCAACGACCACGUCCCGGUUUUUGAGCAGAACGAGUACCGUGCUAGCAUCCGAGAAAACGUGGAGGUUGGCUUCGAAGUGAUGACAAUCCGUGCUACAGACGGGGACGCUCCCUCCAACGCCAACAUGAUUUAUAAAAUUGUUAACGAUGAUAAAGUCAACUCUGUGUUUGAAAUUGACGCCCGGAGCGGUCUGGUGCGGGUCCGAGAGCGUCCCGACAGGGAGGCCAGGGCUCGGUAUAAGCUGAUCGUUGAGGCCAAUGAUAGGGGCAAAGACCCUGGCGCCCUCAGUGCCACCGCUACUGUUCACAUCUCUGUGGAGGACGAAAACGAUAACUACCCACAGUUCAGUGAAAAGAGGUAUGUGGCGCAGGUCCCAGAGAAUGUUGCGGUCAACACAAAAAUUAUCCAGGUGGAAGCGAUGGACAAAGAUGAGGGAAACAACGCCAAAGUUCACUACAGCAUCGUCAGUGGCAAUGUAAAGGGGCAAUUCUACAUCCACUCCCCCACUGGUGUAAUUGAUGUCAUCAAUCCUCUGGACUAUGAGGUGAUCCGGGAGUAUAAUCUUCGGAUUAAAGCUCAGGAUGGUGGCCGUCCUCCCCUAAUAAACGGCUCGGGUAUAGUGGUGGUCCAGGUGGUGGAUGUCAACGACAACGCCCCCAUGUUUGUCAGCACGCCCUUCCAAGCCACCGUGCUGGAAAAUGUGGCCAUCGGUUAUUCUGUUAUCCACAUUCAAGCAAUAGAUGGAGAUUCUGGAGAAAACGCCCGCCUGGAGUAUCGACUCACUGACACCUCGCCUGGUUUUCCGUUCACUGUCAACAAUAGCACUGGCUGGAUUACAGUAAGUGAAGAGCUGGACAGGGAGACCACGGAGUUCUACACCUUUGGCGUUGAGGCCAGAGAUCAUGGGGUGCCUGUGAUGUCCUCCUCAGCUGCUGUUAGCAUCACUGUGCUGGAUGUCAAUGAUAAUGUGCCCACGUUUACCGAGAAGACCUACUCUUUAAAGAUCAACGAAGAUGCACUGGUGGGUACCAGUGUGCUGACAGUGACUGCAGUGGACAGGGAUGUCAACAAUGUGGUGGCGUACCAGAUCUCCAGUGGGAACACCAGAAACCGCUUUGCUAUCACUAGUCAAAGCGGUGGCGGCCUCAUCACUUUGGCCCUUCCCUUGGACUACAAGCAAGAACGGCAGUAUGUCUUGACCGUCACCGCCAGUGACGGAACGCGAUAUGACACCGCUCAGGUGUUCAUCAAUGUAACAGACGCCAACACGCACCGGCCCGUCUUCCAAAGCUCAAACUAUCAGGUGUUGGUGAGUGAGGAGAAGCCUGUAGGCUCCACUGUGGCGAUGAUCAGUGCAACUGACGAGGACACGGGGGAGAACGCUCGCAUCACGUAUAUCAUGGAAGACAACAUUCCCCAGUUUAAGAUAGACCCAGAUACAGGUGCGAUUACAACCCAAAUGGAGAUUGAUUAUGAAGAUCACGCCUCCUACACAAUUGCCAUCAUCGCUAAAGACAAUGGGAUUCCCCAGAAAUCUGAUACCACUUAUGUGGAAAUUAUUAUCGAGGAUGCUAACGAUAAUGCACCACAGUUCCUCAGAGAUCGCUAUCAGGGUUCUGUUUUUGAAGAUGCUCAGGUUCGCACCAGCGUUCUCCAGAUUUCUGCAUCGGACAGAGACUCCGGGCCCAAUGGCAGGGUGAGCUAUACCUUCCAAGGGGGUGAUGAUGGAGAAGGAGAUUUUUUCAUUGAACCUUACUCUGGGAUCAUAAGGACGGCUCGGAAACUGGACCGUGAAAAUGUCCCAGUUUACAACUUGAAAGCCUUCGCUGUCGACGGAGGGACCCGGCCUCUGAAAGCUGCUGUUUCCAUCCAUGUCGUUGUGCAGGACAUAAAUGACAAUGCCCCCGUGUUCGAGAAGGACGAGCUUUUCAUUGAUGUAGAGGAGAACAGUCCAGUAGGGUCCAUCGUUGCCCAGAUCACUGCCACCGACCCGGAUGAGGGGACCAACGCUCAGAUCAUGUAUCAGAUCGUAGAGGGGAAUUUUCCAGAAGUUUUUCAACUGGAUAUUUUUACAGGAGAACUGACUGCUUUGUUUGAUCUGGAUUACGAGGAAAAAACAGAAUAUGUUGUAGUGGUCCAGGCCACAUCACCGCCCCUCGUGAGCCGGGCCACCGUGCACAUCCGUGUAGUGGACAUGAAUGACAACCAACCAGUACUGCAGGACUUUGAAAUCAUUUUCAACAACUAUAUCACUAACAAAUCCAACAGUUUCCCAUCAGGAAUAAUAGGAAAGGUCCCGGCUCAUGACCCGGACGUUUCAGAUAAACUUCGAUACACGUUUGAGUCUGGAAAUGAGCUCAGCCUGCUUCUGCUGAAUAAAGACACCGGAGAGCUGAGGCUGAGCAAAGAUCUGGACAACAACAGACCUCUGGAAGCGCAAAUGACAAUUUCCGUCACAGAUGGGCUCCACAGAGUUCAGGCGCACUGCACUCUGCGUGUCACCAUCAUCACGGAUGACAUGCUGACCAACAGCAUCACGGUACGUCUGGAGAACAUGUCCCAGGAGCGCUUCCUCUCUCCGCUGCUAGGCCUCUUCCUGGAAGGCGUGGCCACCGUUCUGUCCACCAAAAGGGAGGAGGUCUUUGUGUUCAACAUCCAAAACGACACGGAUGUGCAAGGCUCCAUCCUCAACGUGACGUUUUCGGCGCUGCAGCCAGGAGGUGGUCUGGACAAAGGGACGUUUUUCCCCUCCGAAGAGCUGCAGGAGCAGAUCUACCUCAACAGGACACUUCUCAGGACGAUCUCAUCCCAGGAGGUGUUGCCGUUCGAUGAUAACAUCUGCCUGCGGGAACCCUGUGAGAACUACAUGAAGUGUGUGUCGGUCCUGAAGUUUGACAGCUCCCCACCCUUCAUCGCCUCUGACACGGUCCUGUUUCGACCCAUCCACCCCAUCAACGGGCUGCGGUGCCGCUGCCCGGUCGGUUUCACCGGAGACUACUGCGAGACGGAGAUCGACCUCUGCUACUCCGGGCCCUGCCAGAACAGAGGCCGGUGCCACAGCCGAGAGGGCGGGUACACCUGCGAGUGCCUGGAGGACUUCACAGGUGAACAUUGUGAACUGAACACGUCUUCAGGCCGGUGUGUUCCUGGUGUUUGCAAGAACGGCGGUGAGUGCGUCAACCGGCUUGCUGGAGGCUUUAUGUGCCAGUGUCCUCCUGGGGAGUACGAGAAACCCUUCUGUGAGAUGACCACCCGCAGCUUUCCUGGACAGUCCUUCGUCACCUUCAGAGGUCUGCGGCAGCGGUUCCACUUCACCAUCUCCCUCAUGUUUGCCACACGAGAAAGAAACGCUCUGCUCCUUUACAACGGCAGGUUCAACGAGAAACACGACUUCAUCGCCCUGGAGAUCAUCGAGGAGCAGAUUCAGCUCACGUUCUCCGGAGGAGAGAGGAAGACCAAGGUGGCUCCUUACGUCCCCUAUGGUGUUAGCGACGGUCAGUGGCACUCCGUCCAGCUCCAUUACUACAACAAGGACGGGGGGAGUCUGGUGGACUCCAGUGGGAGUCUGCGUGUCCCGCUUUAUACCGCCUGGCUGGAGCUCUUUCAGAAGGAGCCAAACAUCGGCCGUCUGGGCACCCCUCAUGGACCCUCUGCAGAGAAGGUGGCAGUGGUUGCCGUGGACGACUGUGACAUCGCUGUGGCCAUUCGAUUCAGGAAGCAGAUUGGCAACUACUCGUGCGCGGCACAGGGCACGCAGACGGGACAGAAGAAAUCUUUGGACUUGACCGGUCCGCUGCUUCUGGGUGGAGUUCCCAACCUGCCAGAGGACUUCCCUGUGAGGAACAGAAACUUUGUGGGCUGCAUGAGAGACCUGAAGAUCGACAGCAGGACCGUGGACAUGGCCGGCUUCAUUGCAAACAACGGCACCACGCCUGGUUGUCCGGCAAAGGAAGACUUUUGCAGCAGCAAUGUGUGUGUAAACGGAGGAGUGUGCGUCAGCAAGUGGAACACCCACAGCUGUGAAUGCCCCACUGGGUAUGGGGGCAAAAACUGCGAGCAAGAAAUGCCGUCCUCUCAGUUCUUUGACGGACAGGCUUUAGUGUCCUGGACUGAACCAGACAUCACUGUGGCGAUUCCUUGGUACGUGGGCCUCAUGUUUCGCACCCGGCAGUCUUUUGGGACCCUGAUGCAGGUCAACGCUGGACCAUCUUCCACUAUCAACCUCAUGGUGAGUGAACAGCAGGUCCGAAUGGAAGUUUGGCUUCGGCAGAAGUUGCUGGCAUCACUGAGUUUUCCUCAAGUUGGCGUCAGUGAUGGUGAGUGGCACCAUUUGCUGGUGGAACUGCGGAGCAUCAAAGAUGGGAAGGACAUCAAAUACAUGGCCACAGUGUCUCUGGACUACGACAUGUACCAGGAGUCAGUGGAGAUCGGAAACGACCUUCCAGGUCUGAAGUUACAGACUCUCUAUGUGGGAGGUCUGCCUGGAGACAAAAACCGUGUAAAGAGAGGAUUUGUUGGCUGCAUACAGGGCGUCCGAAUGGGUGAGACACCCACCAAUGUGGCUAACCCGAACAUAGCUCAGGGUCUAAAGAUUCGAGUGGAAGAUGGCUGCAGCAUUGCAGACCCCUGUGACUCCAACAUAUGUCCCGAGAACAGCCACUGCCAUGACGACUGGAGCACACACACCUGUGUCUGCAACCCAGGCUACUUUGGUAAGGACUGUAUGGAUGCGUGUCAGCUAAAUCCCUGCGAACACGUGUCCACGUGUGUCCGCAAACCAAGCUCCUCCCACGGGUACAUCUGCGAAUGUGGACAGGACUACUACGGACAGUACUGCCAAAACAAAGUGGAGAAGUCGUGCCCCUCGGGGUGGUGGAGCAGUCCGGUGUGUGGCCCCUGCAACUGUGAUACGAGCAAAGGCUUUUACAAAGACUGCAACAAAACCACAGGAGAGUGUCGCUGCAAGGAUAAUCACUACCGUCCAGAGGGGGACAGCACAUGCCACCCCUGCGAAUGCUUCCCUGUUGGCUCAGAGUCUCGAAGUUGUGACCCCGUCACUGGUCAGUGCCCCUGCAAAGGAGGAGUCAUUGGCCGUCAGUGCAAUCGAUGCGAUAACCCCUUUGCUGAAGUCACACCGAGCGGAUGUCAGGUGGUGUACGAGGGCUGUCCCAGGGCCUUCGAUGCUGGCAUUUGGUGGCCUAAAACCAAGUUUGGACUUCCAGCUGCGAUGGAUUGUCCCAGAGGAUCCAUCGGUAAAGCCAUCCGUCACUGCAGUGAUGAAAAGGGCUGGUUGUCACCUGAGCUGUUUAACUGCACCACAGACACCUUUUCUCAUCUCAGGAAACUGGUGGAUGUCCUUCGUCGGAACGUCUCCCGCAUGGACAGCGAGCACUCCAAGAAGAUUUUGCGUCUGCUUCGCGACGCCACCGACAACACGCCGCAUUACUAUGGUAACGACGUGAAGACGGCAGCCCUGCUGCUGAACCAGGUGCUGCAGUAUGAGAGCCGACAGUCGGGAUUUGACCUCACCGCCACGAAGGACGCAGAGUUCAACGAGAACCUGGUACGAGCGGGGAGUGCCAUUCUGGAUCCAAACACCAAGGAGCACUGGGAGCAGAUCCAGAGGUCGGAUGGGGGCACCGCCCGUCUGCUCCGCAGCUUUGAGGACUACGCCAACACGUUGGCCCAAAACCUCAGAAAGACCUACCUGAAGCCCUUUACCAUUGUUACCAACAACAUGAUUCUGACCGUGGACUACCUGGAUGUGUCAGACCCACAGAGGGCCACCUUACCGCGCUUCCAGGACAUCCGGGAGUCCUUCGCCAAGGAGCUCGGCUCCUCCGUCCGCUUCCCCAAGUUUACCGCUCACACUCAGCUCCAUAAAGACACACUGGAGGUCACUCCUGCCCCUCCUGCUGAAACCACCCCCCUUCAGGAGGAGGAACACCCAGUGUCCAACAGGAAAAGGCGCCACUUGGAGCCACCUGCCCCUCUGCCUGUAGCUGUGGUUGUUGUUUACAAGUCCCUGGGACAGCUGCUUCCAGAGAGAUACGACCCCGACCGCAGAAGCCUCAGGCUUCCCAACCGUCCAGUCAUAAACACGGCCAUCGUGAGUGCCACUGUCUACACUGAGGACACUCCCCUGCCUCCCACCCUGGACCCCCCCAUCACUUUGCAAUACACCCUUCUGGAGACCAAGGAGCGGACGAAGCCGAUCUGCGUGUUCUGGGACCACUCCGUCACGAACGGGGGUGCAGGUGGUUGGUCCUCAAAAGGCUGCGAGGUGCUCAACCGCAACAGCAGCCACAUCAGCUGCCAGUGUAACCACAUGACCAGCUUCGCUGUGCUCAUGGACAUUUCCAAGAGAGAGCAUGGAGACGUCCUCCCUCUGAAGAUCGUCACCUACACCACAGUGUUGGUGUCCUUGGUCCUCCUCUUUCUCACCUUUAUCCUGCUGUGCCUCCUGCGCCACCUUCACUCCAACCUCCACGCCAUUCACCGGAACCUGGUGGCCACGCUCUUCUUCUCGGAGCUGGUCUUCCUGCUGGGCAUCAACCAAACCGACAACAUGUUUGUGUGCACCGUCAUUGCCAUCCUCCUCCAUUACUUCUACAUGUGCUCCUUUGCCUGGAUGUUUGUGGAAGGCCUGCACAUCUACCGCAUGCUGACAGAGCAGCGCAACAUCAACCACGGACACAUGAGGUUCUACUACGCCAUGGGCUGGGGCAUACCGGCUAUCAUCACUGGUUUGGCAGUGGGUCUGGAUCCACAAGGUUACGGAAACCCGGAUUUCUGCUGGCUGUCUGUGCACGACACGCUCAUCUGGAGCUUCGCAGGUCCCAUCUUUGUGGUUGUCCUGAUCAACAUCGUGAUCUUCAUCCUGGCAGCGAAAGCUUCCUGUGGUCGGCGGCAGAAAGCUGCAGAGAAAUCAGGAGCCGUACCUGCACUGCGGAUGGCCUUCCUUCUCCUGCUGCUCAUCAGCGCCACCUGGCUGCUGGGCCUCAUGGCGGUCAACAACAACGUCAUGAUUUUCCAUUACCUGUUUGCUGUCUUCAGCUGCUUGCAGGGAGUCUUCAUCUUUUUCUCUCACAUCAUCUUCAACAUGGAAGUGAGAAAGAACAUCAAGAACGUUCUGACCGGAAAAAAGAGCAUCCAAGACCAGUCCAGCACCACGAGGGGGUCCCUGCUCACUCGGUCUCUCAACUGCAAUAACACCUUCCCAGAGGACGGUCUGCUGUACCGCUCAGCCAUCGGCGAGUCCAACGUCUCUCUGGACAGCACGCUCAGGUCAGCCAAGAGCCGCAGCAGCUACCUGGCUUACACGUUCAGAGAAGAGUCUCCUCAGAAGCCCAGUGUCUCUUCGGGUACAGCUAAAGGACACACGGAUCUGGACGGGCCGCUGUUCCACAGGAGCGGCGCCAAAGGCGACGACUCUGACUCAGACAGCGAGCUGUCGGUGGACGAGCACAGCUCCUCCUACGCCUCUUCCCAGUCCUCUGGCAGUGAGGAUGAAAACUUGGAUGUUAAACCAAAGUGGAACAAUGAGAGACCCCUUCACAGCACCCCAAAAGGGGAUGCAGGGUCCAAUUAUGUGAAGGCUUACUGGCCAACAGAGGCCACCACAGCCAGUGACAGCGAGGAACCGGGCGGGCCAGAGAGGCUCAGGGUGGAGACCAAAGUGAAUGUGGAGCUGCACCCAGAAAACAAACUUAACCACGUUGGAGAACGGGAGAGGGACCCUCUACUGGAGAAAGCCAAGCAGACACCCACAAACCCAAAAGACCCAGCACCAGUGAACCAACCCAACAGCAACAGCAACCACCAACCGGAGCAGAGAAAAGGUAUUUUAAAAAACAAGAUCAUCUACCCCCCCUUGCUAGCCGACAAGAACAUGAAGAAUCGCCUGAGGGAGAAGCUGAGCGACUACAACUCUCCUACCAUCACCUCCCAUCCGCCCAUAAACAACAACACCUCCAGCCCACCCCCCUCCUCCGUCAACAUCAUGAGCCCCACAUCGCGGCCUUCCUCACAAGCCUCCAAUGAAGGAGGGGGUCGCCUCAGCAACCACGACAACACUCCCAUUGUGAAACCGCCUAUUGCCCCACGACCUCAGAUACCAGUCGGGACUCCGCCGGCCACCAUCUACCGGGAGACCAAUGGGGGCGUGCCAAUGCACUUAAAGUCAGGGACGGUCAACGGAGGCAAUGAGUCCAACUCAGAGGACGUUGAGACCAGCCCACCUUUGUGAGAGGAAGAAGACGUAAAGGACGACGACGAGCAAAAGGGCGCCCUCGCCGCCUGACCAGCCGAUCUGCUCCGCCUUGUGUUUCAUCUCUCUGGAAAACAGUAUUAACGUCAGGAUUCUGAUCUGCGAGCGCCAAGCACGCACGUUGAGAAAGAUGGGAGAUGAUAAAGGGAACUUCAGCGUGACCGAGAAAUGACUCGGAGGAGCUUUCUGUGCCAAAAACACUAGUGGGGGGGGUGUCAGAACUUAUCAAUAGUUUGGAGAACACUGAAGGUAGAAGUUUCCUCUCAAGUUGGUUCAGGCGAAGAUGCAGAUCCGAAAGGACCUUUGCCUGCUGAGUUCAGAACACCAAGUGCUCUUAUUUUUCUCCACUUCCAUGGCCUUCCAGUGUACAGGUGUGUAAUUAUGGUGUAGAUAUUUUUUAUGAAGAAAGAACUUAUUUUGUACUUUGUCUGAAGUGAAUUCUGCUACAUUGGGGAGCAGGAUUAGGAAAAUCUCUGCACAUGCUGGUUUGAUAGAGAACUAAAGACUUUGUGCCUUUUCUCUGGACUGAAACCUUCACAGCUGUCGCAUCAGAAAAAUGUUUUCUAUGAGUCCUUGAACACAAAAACUGGAACCGACCAGCCCUAAACCUUUUUUUUUAUUCCCAUAUGCUGGUUCAACACACCUCUGAUUAUCAAAGUUGUGAAAUAAAAUGUUAAAACAAUAGGAAUCACUUCAAUUUAGCCAAAGAAAGGCUAUUAUUUUAACCAUAAAAAUGCAUUAAACAAAUAAGGUUCCUAUUUGUUUUCUCAAUCUAAGCUCAAAUGUCUGUUGUUUUUUGCAGCUAAUAUAUAAAUAAGGCAACUACAACUGGUUAUUUUUCUAUCAAGUGGUCCAGCCCUGAUUUAAUCCAUGUUGAAAAUGUUUCUGUUUGAUCUGCAAAACUGGAAAUGUUUUGAGACAUUUUGUGUAUUUAUUUUUAUGGUUUUACGACACUGGAAAGAGAAGAAAUGAAUGUUUCGGUAAAAUUAAAAAUGAAUUUUUAAA